GUCACACACAACUGACGGUAACGUUGCAUGUCGCUUGCGGCAUCCAGCAGCAGCGGCGACGCGGACGAGAAAGAACAAGGAAGCAACAUGUGCCAAUGCCGAGCACAAUAACUCCACGCAGGAGCAGCCCGCGAUACGACACGUCGACUGGAUUUUCACACGGAGCAGACACUUUGAACUACUCAACGGCGCGUUGACGUCACGGUCAUCUUUUUAUUUCUUUGAAGAAUAACGGCUCAACUUUCGGAGUUCUCAUCAUCAUUAUUACCAAGUGGCUACUAAGCAGCGUUAACGCACCAUGAAAAGAGAGGUGAAGGCCGGAGUCAACUUUUUCAAGCGGCUCGUUGUGGCGCGCGGCAAGCUGGACGAAGCCAAAGCGCAGUUGUUUGCCGAGAAGCUGCAGCGGCUCUUGUGCGACAAGUACGAUGGCCACUGGUACCCAGACUGCCCGAGCAAGGGCCAGGCGUUCAGGUGCAUCCGAAUAAAUGCCGGAGCACCCAAUGAUGAGGUGCUCCUAAAAGCCUGUGAGGAGAGUGAGCUCACACUCGGUGAUCUCUGUCUUCCCCCGGAGGUUACCGUGUGGAUCGACCCACUAGAGGUGUACGCCAGAUCCAGAGAGAACAGCUCUCCAUUCUCAAUAGCCUGUUUCACAGGAGAAGAGGAGGACGAGGACGGUGCGAAGAAAGGACAGGAGGAUUCCCCCGUGGACUCGACCAACCACGACACCUCCGACUAUCACUCUGCUACAUCUUCCGAUUGCGGUUCGGCCGUGUCCAGCGACACAGAGGAGGAGGCGGCAAAGGACGGAGAGAUGGAAGAAGAGCAAGGAAAAAAGACGCGGGUGACAGAGCAGCCAGCGCAGGAUGACACUUUCAAGAUUACGAUGGUUCCCAGAAUUCAGAAAUGCCAUGGAGGUGGAUCAAAUCAAUUCAAAUACGGCAGGCACUUGUGUCCAGCGAGCCGUCCAUAUUUUUACCAACCCGUACCAGUCUGGUCCCAGUGCAAGCAUGGCUCCCCGGUGUUCCUCACCCCAGUUGUUGGCCAUCCACCGCUGCUGCCGCGCCAUCGCCGUCAGAUGUAUGUGCACUACUUCUUACCGCAGCCUGCGCCGCACUUCGUUCCUCAGGCCGCUCUUCAAUCGUGGGAGUCCGGGAACGUAUAGAAAGCUGGACUGCGCCCCUCAGCUCGGUCGGUUCAGCCAAACAUGAGCCAGAAGAAGAACUUUUCCCACAGCUGUCACCUUUUAAACCUGUCACGUUUCAAACUAUUCCGUGCACAUUCUAUAUAUUUUUCUUAUCUAAUGUUCUAAUCUAUACUAUCGACUUUCUAUGCCGAAUUAUUGCUGAAUUUAGUGCUUAUUUCUAGUGCUCAAAUCAAAUCUGGACAGUCACUGGGUGCUCGUAUAAGAUCAGGGAUUAUCUGCAAUACACUUGAUGCCAGAUAAUUGUUAUUUUUCAGGUGGUAUUUUUCCAUGUUCUUCCGCAAAUGCUGCGAUGUAGCGGUCCACAGUGCACACAACUGUUAAUAUCAGAAAAAUGCGAUUCAGGGUUUUAGUCUCUUGUAGUCUUGCAGUUACACACAUCUGUAUAGUGAAAGGAUGUUUUUUUUUUUUUUUUCCCCCCCUCCCCUAAACUGCUUGUACUGGAUACAACAAGACCAAUUUUCACUUUUUAAAUGCUGUUUUCUUGCUUAAUUGUAUUUGGUCACUCUUGGAGAUACUGCACAUUGUGUACUUUUUACCAACAGGAGUCGCUGUCUGUUGCUUUUUUAGAGUACGUUAAGUUUUCAAAACGUUUUUUUUUUUUUUUAAUAAUUAUGGUAGAUUUUUCUCAGCUAUCUGUGUGAGCUGCAAUAUGCCGCUAAUAUCCACUUUAGAGUACAUGCUUGGUUUUUAUUAUUAUUAUUUUUUUUAAAGUUAUCCCUGUGAUGUAUGUUAAUGUUUCCAGGCAGCAUAAAUUUGUAAUUUGACUGUAAAUUAAUAUUUUAGCUAUGAAAUUUCACAUUCAGGCUUGAAUUUGAAGAGUUCCCCACUGAUUCUUAUCGACUGUGAUUAUUUAAUUUUGUAUUAAGGUAUUUUAUUUACUUGCAAUGCAACAGCAAAGUGUGUUUUGUUUUACUUAUGCCUCGCUUUCUAUUUGAUAUUUCUUUUCUCAAGGAUUAAAUCAAC